AUGAUGGUGGACAGGCCCCCGGAGCAACUGGUGGCCAGCAUCCGGCAGGAGUUCCGCCGUCUGCAGCGCAGGAAGCACCUGGACCCGGCCGCCUUUGUCUCCCCGGCGUGCCCCCCACCCUCUCCCCCCUCCCCCUCGCCGCCCCCCUCCCCCCCCUCGGAGCAGAUGGAGGCCGGCAGCCCCCCGCCAGCCCCCCAGAGUCUCCACGGAGACGCAGGCGUCGUGUCCCCGUGUCUCCGCUCCGUGCCCAUCGCCGCCACCGCCGUCCUGUCGGCGUCGUGCCCCCACAGGGCCCCCCCGGGCCCUCUCCUCCUCCUCCUCACCGGCCCCCCGGCCCCCCCCGCCAGCGCCGCCACCGCCGCCCCCCCCCCAGCUCACCACUCCUCACCGCUGCUCACCCUGCGCCAGGUGGCUCUGAUCUGUGAGCGAGCCGUGCGGGAGCGGGAGGACUCGCUCCGGGAGGAGUACGAAGGGGUGCUCACCAGCAAACUCUCUGAGCAGUACGAUGCUUUCGUGAAAUUCAACCACGACCAGAUGCUGCGUCGCUACGGAGAGAGGCCAGCCAGCUAUGUGUCUUGAGAAGAUUCGCACGGAGACACGCACGGAGACACGCGGAGACACACGCACGGAGAGACGCACACGGACACGGAGAGACACACACGGACACGGAGAGAAACACACGGACACGGAGAGACGCACACGGACACGGAGAGACACACACAGACACGGAGAGACACACACGGACACGGAGAGACACACACAGACACGGAGAGACACACACAGACACGGAGAGACACACACAGACACGGAGAGACACACACGGACACGGAGAGACACACACGGACACGGAGAGACACACACGGACACGGAGAGACACACACAGACACGGAGAGACACACACAGACACGGAGAGACACACACAGACACGGAGAGACACACACAGACACGGAGAGACACA